UGAAUGAAUAUUAUGUUAUGUGGCGGGCAAUGGAAAGAAGUGAUGAGAUGAGAUGGCGAAGCUGUUACUACCGUUAUGGGUUCUUCCAACUCCCAACCUUUCAUUGAAACCGCAAUUCUGUGUUCGUUGCUGCAGUAACAGUAAUAAUACUAAUAAUCGUGAUGAAGAUAACAACAACAAUAAGAACAAGAAGUUGUCAAAGCAGUCUUCAUGGGAAGCCAAGGAUGGUGAUGGAAAAGAUUAUCUGUACAGGCUCGGCAAAGAAGCUGAUAACAUGAACAUCGCCGUUGGUCAGCGUGCCGGCAUCAUUGAUGAUGUUUUUGUCGGCAAUUUUCUCGGCAAAGACUCGGACAUUGUGUUUGAUUAUCGUCAGAAAGUUACCAGAUCCUUUGAAUACCUUCAAGGCGAUUAUUACAUCGCCCCUCUUUUCAUGGACAAAAUUGCAUGUCACAUUGUCAAGAACUACAUUACUCAUCUCCUCAAUGCUAAGGUUCCUUUAAUUCUAGGUAUUUGGGGAGGUAAAGGGCAAGGAAAAACAUUUCAAACAGAACUUAUAUUUCGAGCCAUGGGAGUCGAACCUGUAAUUAUGUCUGCAGGGGAAUUAGAAUCAGAAAAUGCUGGAGAGCCAGGAAGAUUGAUUCGUCAACGCUAUAGAACAGCAUCUCAAGUGGUCCAGAAUCAAGGAAAGAUGAGCUGUUUAAUGAUCAAUGAUAUUGAUGCUGGCCUGGGUAGAUUCGGGACUACUCAAAUGACUGUCAACAACCAAAUUGUUGUUGGGACUCUUAUGAAUCUGUGUGACAAUCCUACAAGAGUUAGUGUUGGUCAAGAUUGGCGAGAAUCAGAUAUCACACACAGAAUUCCAAUCAUUGUAACAGGGAAUGAUCUUUCAACUAUUUAUGCUCCACUGAUACGAGAUGGAAGGAUGGAUAAAUUUUAUUGGCAGCCUAACCGUGAAGAUAUAGUGAAUAUUGUUCACAGAAUGUAUGAGAAAGAUGGUAUAUCUAAGGAUGAAGUUGAAAAAAUUGUGAACACUUUUCCUAAUCAAGCAUUGGACUUUUAUGGAGCUUUAAGAUCACGUACAUAUGACAGAUCUAUUUUAAAGUGGGUUGAUGAUAUUGGAGGCGCUGAAAAUUUUGCAUCCAACUUUCUCAAAAGAAGAAAGGACCAGAAUCUUCCUGUAUUUAUUCCUCCAGAGCAAACGACCGAAUCUUUACUUGAGUCGGGUUAUUCUCUGCUCAAAGAACAACAGUUGAUAAUGGAAACUAAACUUUCAAAGGAAUACAUGAAGAACAUAGAAGACUAAUAUAAAGGAUGUUGAUUCUCAGGUGCAAGUCCUCAAGAAUUAUAUAUGAUUGUGAAGUUGCUACCUUUGCUAAGGUCCACUUUCGAACAGAAUGCUUCUCUUCAUUUUCUUAUUUUGUGUUAUUUAUCUGGAUAUAAUAUGAUGAAAGAAAUGAGUGAAAUACUAUCGAACAAUAGUGCAAUGAUAUAUGAUGGACUGUAAUCUUAUGUUGCAUGCAUGCAUGCAGAAUUGCACAAAUAAUUACUCAAUAAAUUCUGAUUGAUUUUUGUCA